AAAAACAAGUAUAAGCUGGUAUUUUGUAUUCAGACAAGCUUAAAAAAGAAGAUUGAUCUUCAACAAAAAACCCUUAAAUCGCAUUAUCAGCAGCAGUUGGAAAGCGGUGUUGAACAAAAAAUGAAAGAGUUUCAACAGCAGUUGGAUAAGACUGAAGAAAUACUGAAGUUGGAGGCGCGCGAACGUGAACGUUUAAUUGCCGAACGGGCCGUCAAACAAAUAGAACUUAUAAACGAAAAAAAUGAAAUGGAACUGAAUUUACUACAAGAGAAACACAAAGAGGAAGUAGAGUUGUAUCGAAUACAACUUGCGAAUGCCUCCAAGAAAAUUGGGGAUCUUGAAACAAAAUUAAAUGCCUACAGAGCCAAAAGAGCUGUUAUAGCAGAAAAACUGCAUGACGUUAUGGAAGAUCAGUGGCAGAAAGCAUUGGAAAUAUUAACGUCACCUGGUGAUCGAUCGCAACAAAUAAGUAAUAAUACAGACUGUGAAUCAAUAGUGAAUAUCGAAAACGAUACAAAUAAAGAUGAAAGGAACUAUGAAACUCCCAAGAAGAAUAAACCACGUGAUAGAAUAUUGAAAAUAAAGGAAAAUAAUCUUAAUAAUGUGAACGAGCGGAGGGCUUCGCCAGAACCAAUGGACAGACUACAGGCAUACAUAGAAUUGUUACUUAGCAAAUCACCCAGUGAAUUCGAUAAAUUGGACGAGAUUUUAGCCUAUGCUAAUAAGACCAAGGCGUCGACAUCCAAUAGCAAAUUAGAUAAGUCCGAUAAACGUUUGAAUUGUUGUAAACCACCUUGGCGCGCAUAAAAGAUUUGUUUCUGAGUUUUAGAAUUAUGUAUUUAAACGUAUUUAGACACCAAAGUACAAAGUCUUAUAGCAUCCGCGUAAUUAUGUCGGAGGAGUUUUUGAAUACGAACUGCCUUAUUUACCUUUAUAUUGUGUAAAGACUCGUAUAGAAAGAAAUUAAUACCAAUGUACCAUGGUAUAGCAAGUUAAUAAAUUUUUAUAUGUA